AUGGAUAUAGACGCUUAUCGCACUCAAUCUAGAAUGCAAUGAAAUUGGUGACGAAGGUGCAUACUAUCUAGCAAACGCUAUACAAAAUAAUAAAGUAAGAAGAGUUCUUUACUAUGUAUUUCAUGUUCAUAACUAUUACUUAAUGUAGACACUCAAGACACUCGAUCUUCAAAAUAAUAAUAUCAAAGGCGACGGAAUACAAUCUUUAGUAUGUGCAUUAGAAAAUAAUACAACACUUAUCUCACUCAAUCUUGGAAGAAAUCAAAUUGAUAUUGAUGGAAUACAACAUUUGGCAAAUGCCAUAGAAAAUAACAUGACACUGACUGAACUGAAUAUUGAAGGCAAUGGAAUAGGCGAUGAUGCAAUAAAAUAUUUAGCAUAUGCAUUAGAAACUAACACAACAUUGACAACGUUGAAUCUUGCCCGAAAUGAUAUCAGUGUUGAAGGAGCACAAUCUAUUGCGAAUGCAUUAGAAAAUAAUACAACACUCACUACACUCAAUCUAGGAGGCAAUCAACUCGGUAAUGACAGUAUAGAAUUACUGUCAAUUGCAUUACAAUAUAAUAAUACACUUACUACAUUACAUGUAGGAUGGAAUAGUAUCGGUGUAGAAGGAGCACAAUAUCUAGGAAAUGUAUUAAAUAAUAAUUCAAUACUUGUUAAAUUGGACCUUCAAAGUAAUGAAAUCUAUGAUGAUGGAAUACAAUAUAUAGCUGAUGCAUUAAGAAAUAAUACUACACUCAAAACAUUGAAUCUUGUACGAAAUAAUAUUAGUGACGAAGGUGCCAAUUAUUUAAUCAAUGCUUUAGAAAAUAAUACAACUCUUACUAAUCUACAUCUUGCAUUGAACCAUAUUGCCGAUGAAGGAGCACAAUCUCUAGCUAAUUUAUUAGAAAAUAAUAAAGUCAGACGAAUAUUAUAA